AUGCUGCAAUUCCUGAAUCAGAUUCGGGCAAUGUUCCCUUUAUUUAAGACGCCAAAGCUGCGUAACGGAUUCAUGCAAUUCACCACGCCCACUUUGCUGGUGUAUCCAUUUUUCCACAAAAUCGGUCAACGUCGGCGUGAAAACAUCUGCUUGUUUGAACAGAUUCAGUUUAACUUGGUGGUCGAGGUGCUCUUCAACUCCACUACAGUUGAAGACCAAAUCAGGUUGAUCACACUGAUAUCCACAGGCGAUCUCGAAAAUGCCAGUCGGUUAUUCUUCCGUCCAGAGCUUUCAACAUUCAAGGCGAAUCUGGAAAAUGGAUCCAUGCAACUCACCGUAUACGUACCGCCGUUAUUGCGUAAAGCGAUUUUUCCACUGACCAGUCCAGCAUCAGUUGCAAGCCAGAGUUUCUUUUGGUUGUACCCGAAACGUGGAAUGCGAUCGCUUAUGUACGCAUACGACCAAUAUCAGCAAAACUUCGACCUUGUACAGCGAUUUGGCACAUGGAUGCCGCCAUACGGAGAUCAUGAUUUCCCUAAUCUGAUUACAAUGAUGCAACUCGCCUCCCACUUUUAUCUAGGUGCAUCGAAAGAGUCUAUAAACUUAACCUAA